AUGUUAAACCUUGAGGAAUUACAGGAAAAGUUCUGCCCGCCCCUGGAGUUCUCCCUAGUAGAGAAUAUGUUCAAUGAGCGAAACGACGAUGACGAAUGCAUAUGUACUCUUAUGGUACUUGCGGACAAUGUGGAAAGCAUUAAUGCUGAAACAGACGACGACGACGAUUCUGUGAAUUCAGAAGAAACUAACCAUUUUUUUGGAACGAGGAGCAAUGGAAAGGCAAUCGCCAAUGGUGAAGUGAAUGUCGAAGAAACAUACAUUACUUUGAACGGAAACGAGGUCUUUAUCGGACAUGACUUGUCGGUCGCGAACAGUUCCGUGGAGAACUUGGAGGGAAACUUCCACAGGCUGGGAAUUUCUGAAGGAUCUGAUUCAGGAUGUAGUAUGAGUACCACGAGUGAGGAAAUGGCGCCCAACGAAGAGACCGAGCGGCUUGAGAUCUCUAAGGAAGAAAAAGAUAACGAAUCUAUGUUUCUGAAAGAUUGUUUCCCUGAUAUUUGUUCCGAGAAACUGGAAGAAUUACUGAGAAAGUAUUGUGUCGAAGGGGCUUUGGAAAUUUUGCUCGCGGAAAUAGAUCAACGAGAAAUAGAUCAACAAGAAUUUCCGGUUAUUGCGUUGACGCCAUCGAAGGGGAAAGACAAACUUGACGUGGAAUCACGAGCACAACAUCGGAAGAAGAAGCGGAAAAAACAACGGCAGCGUGCUCCUCAGAAGAAUGCAAACGUCCAUGAGCUCUCUUCGACACGUUCAAACAUUUUUCCGGAAAUACCAGAAGCAACGGUAUCGCAUGUGUUUCAUGCAAAUAAUCGUAACGUAUUGGAAACAGCUAAAGAGUUGUACAACGACGCGCCAGUAGGCUUUGCUGUCAAGCAAGAACAGUUCGAUAAAGAUCUAGCCGAGUUGAUUAGUAAUUUCUACGAUCAUGAUGUAGACCUACUGCAGAAGAUUCUGGUAAUAACUAGAGGUGAACUAGAGAAGGCGAUCGAUCUGAUGCUCCUCAUCGAUGAUGAUACCAAAAAUGGUUCCCGAACAUGGAGUCAAAUCGCAGGGUCAUCAACAUCUCCCAGUAAAUCUUCAAAUAUUCGUGAAAUUUGGGUAAGGGAGGAUGACUGGAAGCAAAAUGCUAGCUCUGGUAAGGUUAUAAGUGCCUCACAGGCUUACGAUAGGGACAAAUCACGAUCUCGUCGUCUUUACGACGACGACGAAGAAAAACGGCGCAAACGAGACGAAGUAUUCCGUCAUGCUGCCGACGUGUAUAAGAAGACUAGAUAUCGCAAGCGAAAUGAAGUUUAUGGCUACCCGGAUCAAGGACGUGCGUAUGAUGCGAAGAUGAAGGAGUGGAAUUUGCUUGCUGCUAAAGCACAAGUCCGUCAGAAGAGCAAGGCGAGAGGAAAUCCCAACUUUGUAGAUUUGCACGGAUUGACUGUUAACGAGGCUUUGGCCGUGGUGAAAGAAGAACUGAAACGUUGGUCUUCGACACCUAUGCGACCAGCAUCCAACAAAAAACCCCUAGAAAUCAUAACUGGGGCGGGUAACCAUUCACACAAUAACGUACCAAAGCUUUGGCUCGAGGUCACAGAUUAUCUAGAAGAGGCUAAUUGGGAAUUUAAGAAAGAUAGGGGUUCUUUCGUUGUGCGGGGACGAAAGGAAUCUUCGUAA